GCAUUCAGUUUAAUCAAGUCAUAUUACGUGAGCUGAUUAUAUUGAAAAAUCAAAAGUGGGCUUUCGGUCGGGAUAACCUAGAACUUACGAGCUGAAUUUACAUUUUAAUUUCAAUUGUCUUUAGUCUGAUAAUGAGUGGUGAACCUCAGUCAAAGAAAACUAAAAUGUCGUCAACGUUGGAUCAACUAAAACAACUUACAACAAUUGUGGCUGAUACCGGCGACUUUGAAGCCAUGAAGGCUUACAAGCCGACAGACGCCACAACCAAUCCAUCGUUGAUUUUAUCAGCAGCUAGUAUGAAGCAAUACCAGCAUAUCAUCGAUAAAGCUGUCAAGCAUGGCAUCGAAUCCGGAACAACGAUGGAAGAAAAGAUCACAGAAGCAAUGGACUUGCUUUGCGUUUUGUUCGGCUGCGAAAUUUUGAAAAUCGUUCCUGGACGAGUCUCAACCGAAGUCGAUGCCCGUUUGUCUUUCGAUACCAAUGCCAGUGUUGAGAAGGCAUUGAAGUACAUAAAUCUCUACAAGGAGUUGGGCAUUGAUAAAAGUCGAAUUUUGAUCAAAUUGGCCUCCACCUGGGAAGGCAUUCAGGCAGCGAAAAUACUGGAAAAAGAACAUGGAAUCCAUUGCAAUUUGACGUUGCUGUUUUCGUUCUGUCAAGCCGUGUCGUGCGCCGAAGCAGGUGCAACAUUGAUCUCACCAUUCGUUGGACGCAUUCUGGAUUGGUAUGUGGAAAACACCAGUGACAAAACAUUUGCUCCUGAGGCUGAUCCGGGUGUAAUUUCGGUUACACAAAUCUACAAUUAUUACAAGAAGUUUGGAUAUAAAACCGUCGUCAUGGGGGCAUCGUUCCGUAACACCGGUGAAAUCAAGGAAUUAGCUGGAUGUGAUCUGUUGACAAUCAGUCCUAAGCUACUGGGUGAACUGGGAAGCAGCACCGAUCCGAUUGUCCAAAAGUUGGACGCGAACGAGGCGAAAAAGAGUACACAGGAGAAGAUCACAAUUGAUGAACCGAAGUUCCGUUGGAUGUUGAAUGAAGAUCGUAUGGCAACGGAAAAGCUAUCUGAUGGCAUUCGUAAAUUCGCGGCCGAUUCUAUCAAAUUGGAAUCGUUAUUGGGCGAACGUAUUUGCGCAGCAAAGUAAAACUUAAAAUUUAUUCCAUUACUGGCAAUGAGUUAAUCCAAAUUUAGCUUUGAAAGCAAUUCCUUUGUGAACAUUAAUUUGUUAAAAAUUUAAAAGUUUAAAAAUUUUCUAUUAAAAAAUCUUUUUAUA